GCACACACACACACACACACACACACACACACCCCUUUUCCCUCUUCCUUUCCAGCCUGGCUUCUGCAUUUCCCUUCCUCGCCCACCUGCGGUUUUCCCUCCUCUUUAUCUUUCCUCCUCCCCCUUUUCCUCCUCCCCUCCUCCCUAGCGCCUUCUCUCCUGCUCAUCUCUCCCUCCAUCUGUCCCCCGCCUCUCCAGCACCCCAUCCCCGAUCACCCCCACCGCUCCCUCUCCCUCUACCUCCCUCCCUCCCCUGUCCUGCGUCCCCCGCCCCUUCGACUCCCUGCUGGCCCGCCUGCAGCCGCCAGCCACCGCAGCGAGCGCUCGCUCGUGCCUUCCUCGGAGCUGUCCGGACUGUCAGUGCGCAGCCUUGGCUGGCGGCGGCUCCUGAAGCCCGAGUGGGAUUGGGGUAUCGGGGGAUCGGGGGAUCGCAGAAUCGCAGAACAACAGAGGGCGCAGGCACAGCCAGGUGACGCUGCCUGCGGUGCUACUUCACAUCAGACACUUGGAUCCACUUGUCUUCCCUCCGGUGUGCAAAAGGAGAAACUGAGUCUGAAUAGACAUCUUCUGUGAUUUGCUCUGGCUCCACCCUCCUUGGAAUUUCUAAGUGACAACAUCCUUUUUCAUCUGGGGCUGGACUGGAGAGAAGCAGGGGACCAUGUCGCUGCUGACUACUGGGUUUCUGCUGAGCCUGCUUGGCCCUGUGGCCUGCUGGGCACUGGGUUCAGGUUCUGAGCUGCGCUCAGCCUUCUCAGUAGCCCGGACCAGCAGCCUGGAGGGUACGACAGAGAUGGCAGUGACCUUCGACAAGGUCUAUGUCAACAUCGGAGGCGACUUUGACCCUGGGACAGGCCUUUUUCGCUGCCGAGUUCCAGGGGCCUACUAUUUCUCCUUCACUGUGGGCAAAUACCCUCAGAAGAGUCUGUCAGUAAUGCUGGUGAGGAACAGGAAUGAGGUGCAGGCCCUGGCUUUUGACGAACAGCAGCGGCCUGAGCGCAAGGCAGCCAGCCAGAGUGCCAUGCUGCAGCUGGACUAUGGGGACACGGUCUGGCUGCGUCUCCACGGGGAUCCCCAGUAUGCACUCUACAGUUCAGCAGGGGGGCCCUGCACCACCUUCAGUGGUUACCUCAUCUAUCCAGACACCUCCUCCUACUUCCAUAGCCACCAGGGCCUCCCUGCCCAGCUGCCUGGAGCCCUGGCAGCACAGCCCGAACCUGAUCCCCGCUCUGCCUUCUCAGUGGCCCGCUCUGAGAGCCUGGUAGGGAUCGAUGAAGCGCCUUCUGUCAGACAUAGGCCACUCACCUUUGACACAGAGUUCGUCAACAUUGGAGGGGACUUUGACGCCGCUUCAGGGAUCUUCCACUGCCGCCUGCCUGGUGCCUACUACUUUUCCUUCACCAUUGGCAAGAUGCCUCACAAGAUGCUGUCGGUAAAGCUGAUGAAGAAUCGGGAUGAGGUGCAAGCCAUGAUCUAUGAUGACAGUCCCUCAAGGCGGCGGGAAAUGCAGAGCCAGAGUGUGAUGUUGGCCCUGAAACCUGGGGACACUGUCUGGCUCCACAGUCACCAGCAUGAAGGCUACGGGGCCUACAGUAAUCAUGGCAAGUACAUCACUUUCACUGGCUUCCUGGUCUACCCAGAUACCUCUCCAGGCCAAUUCAGCCCCCUAGGACCCUGAUCCAUUCUCCAAAGGGGGGCCUGUGGAGACAGAAGAUGCAGCUAGGGUAUGGGAGGGGGAGGGAUGCAUGUUGUGUAUACCUGUGUCUGUCUUUAGUGCCCAUGUGGGCUCAACUGACAUGUCAGUGUCACUGUGUGGUCAUGAAGGCUGGAAAUGCUUCAGGAGCCAUUCAGUGGGGAUGGGGUCUGCACUUGGGCCAAUAAAGCAGGGCUCCAAAUGAUGCCAGCUGCCAAGAUCUGAGCCAGAAA